UACUUCAGUUCUGCUGCAGAGACUAAUGUGCGAGCUUUCUAACGCAGCAGCCGCAGUAGCAGAGAUGUGGCAGCGGCAGUGCAGCCGGCGGCCUUGCCAAAAGAACAGUUGAGAAGCACCAAGAAGCAGAAAGAGAGAGCCGAGCGACAAUGUCGCUGCAGACGGCUCGUACGCUCGACACGACAUGUUGCGUAUUGUGCAGUUGGAUCGAAAAAGGACGGUUCGGAUCUCUCGCUCUCGCCCGACUGCACAACACCCAACCUUGCUCGACAGGCCGUGUGUUCGAAGCAAACUAAAGGCACGAACAAUGAAAAUCAUCGAGUAAAACUGCAGACGGCGGUGGUGCGGUGCGGUGGUGUCGUUUAUUCGUUUUGUCGGCGGUUGCUAAACAGAAUUUAAGUUCACUCGGUUAGCAGACACCGCGCUUCGUUACCAACAAGCAAACGUACACGUAGAAAAAAUCUACAUGCAGGCGGCAACAGCGGCAUAAGAAACUGAAACCGAAACAGAAACGAAAAAAAGAACAGAAAGCAAAGCAGAAAAAUACUUAUCGAACGUUCGUUGAGUUCAGUUGAUUUUUUUGUUGUUUAUGUGUGUAAGUGUAGCGCGAGUGUCGUGUGUGUGUGUGUGUGGAUUGGAAUUGCCAAUUUUAGCCGACUGGCUCUCAUUGUCGAACUUAAAGAGCGAGCAACGUGACGUGUCGCGUCGUGUCGCAAAAAUUCGCGCACAACUUCCUACUAAAAAAAAAAGUUCCACAAAAAUACCAGUUUUUUUUUCAUGUGUCUGUGUUAGUGCGAAUCACAAAGCAAAAGCAAAUGAGAUCCCUGGAGAGGGAGAGAGAGAGCAGCUGAUUUAGCCGGCAACUGUGUCAGCUGUUCAGAGAGAGAGAAAGACAUGCUAUGCUCUCUUCCCACUUUAAUAGUGCAUUCGCUUUAGCAAUGUACGAACAACAAAUUCAGCACCAAGAGCCCCAACAAACGCAUUCGAAAAAUCAGAAAAAACGCAGUACAACCGUAACAUCAAACAGCGAUAGCAGCAGCAGCUGCAACAACAGCUACAUUAUGUUAGCCUCUGCCGCAGCGACCUCGGCCGCCGCCCGCAAACGCAGCCGUAGCGCUAGCAACGGUAGCAAACGCAAUGCCGGCAGCGGCCGCAAAUUGACCAAGAGCAUGUCCGCCGGCGCUCAGUUGCAAAUGGCCCCACAAACCACUUCGGCCCUAAGUCACCACCACCCCAAUCAGCAGCAGCAGCUGCAGCCGCCGCAGCAGCAGCCGACACCACAGCCCCCGCCCCAACAGCAGCACCAGCACUUCGCUAACCACCACGGCGCCCAGCAGCAGACGGGACAGCAGGAGCAGCAGAACCCCCAGCAGCAGGCACAGCAGAUCCUGACGCAGCCACACUUGCAGCACCUGCAGAAGCAUCCGCAUCAGCUGCACCAGCUACAGCACCAGCAGCAAGCGGCGCAGCAGCAGCAGCAGUUGCACCAGGCGCAGCAGCAGCAACACUUCCACCAGCAGCAGCAGUCGCUGCAGCAACAAGGGCUGCAGUCACACCAGGGCAGCAGUAACCCGGACUCGAAUAUGAGCACUGGCUCCUCGCACAGCGAGAAGGAUGUCAACGACAUGCUAAGUGCAGGAGCGACUCCUGCCCUUCAGCAGCAACAACAGCAUCCCGCCUUUCCACCCGCCCUGGGCAUGCAGCAGCCUCCACCGCCGCCCCCGCAGCAGCAUUCAAACAAUGGGGGCGUGGCCGGAGAGAUAUCGUACAUGACGUCCGCCACGACGACGGCCAACAAACAGCCGCGCACGCCAGCGGAACGAAAACGCAAGCGGAAAUUGCCGCACAGCAGUACAGAAGAAGCGGGGAGUGGCGGUGGCGGAGGAUCCGGCGGAGGAGGCUCUGGCGGAUCGGUGAACAACAGCGGCCUGAAGGGAAAGUCCCUCGCCUUUCGUGAUAUGCCCAAGGUCAAUAUGAGCCUGGGCCUUGUCGACCGUCUGGGCGGUGGCAGUGGUGGCGGGGCAGGUGGAGCAGGGAGCGGCGGCUCCGGAGCCAGUGGAGGCUCUGGAUCCGGGAGUGGUGGCGGUAAGAGCGCUCGUCUCAUGCUGCCCGGCAGCGACAACAAGAAGAUCAACGACUACUUCAACAAGCAGCAGACGGGCGUCGCCGUCGUGCAAGGCGGCGGCGGAGGCAAUCCCUCGGGCCUGAGAGGUUCCCACACAGGCGGAGGCAGUAAGUCGCCCUCGUCCGGCCAGCAGCAGCAGCAACAGGCGACGCAACAAACGGCGGCGGGCGGUGCAAGCGGUGGGAGCGGCAGCCAAGUGCAAGUGCAGACCAGUAGCGCCUACUCGCUGUACCCGCCGGCCAGCCCGCAGACCCAGACACCGCAGCAGCAGCAACAGCAGCCCGGGUCUGAUUUCCACUACGUUAACUCCAGCAAGGCACAACAGCAGCAGCAGCGGCAGCAGCAGCAGCAGCAACAGACUUCCAAUCAAAUGGUUCCUCCGCACGUGGUCGUUGGCCUGGGUCAUCCCCUUACCCUGGCCUCCAUCCAACAGCAGCAGACGCCGCAGCAGCAGCAACAGCAGCAGCAGCAGCAACAACAGCAACAGCAGCAGCAGCAACAGCAGCUCGGACCACCGACGACAUCGACGGCGACUGUGGUGCCCUCGCAUCCUCAUCAAAUCGGCUCCCUGGGCGUUGUAGGGAUGGUAGGGGUGGGCGUUGGUGUUGGAGUGGGCGUGAAUGUGGGCGUAGGGCCGCCCCUGCCCCCACCUCCUCCAAUGGGCUUACCUGCGGCAAUCCUCACAUACACCAAGGCGACGCAGACCGACAUCUUCCUGCACCAGCUCGAGGACCGUGAGACUGAGCUGGAGUCCAUCAAGGUGAAGCUGGACGAGGUGACGCGGUUGUCGGACGAACAAAAAUGCCAGAUCCUUGGCAACCAGAAGACGAUCGACCAGCACAAGUCGCACAUUGCCAAGUGCAUCGAUGUAGUGAAGAAGCUGCUGAAGGAGAAGAGCAGCAUCGAGAAGAAGGAGGCGCGCCAGAAGUGCAUGCAGAACCGCCUUCGACUCGGCCAGUUUGUUACUCAACGAGUGGGCGCCACAUUCCAGGAGAACUGGACGGACGGGUAUGCGUUCCAGGAGCUGAGCAGGCGUCAGGAGGAGAUCACCGCGGAGCGCGAGGAGAUCGACCGGCAGAAGAAGCAGCUGAUGAAGAAGCGUCCCGCCGAGUCAGGACGUAAGCGAAACAACAACAGCAACCAGAACAACCAGCAGCAGCAGGCGCAGCACCAACAGCAGCAGCAAAACUCCAACUCGAACGACUCUUCCCAGCUGACGGGAGGCGUGGUCAGCGGUCCGGGUAGCGACCGUCUGGGUGGAGGAGCGGGUGUGAGCGUUGACAGCGGCUUGGGCGGCAACAAUGCGGGCGGCAUCGGUGGCGGAGGCGGUGCCGGCGUCGCAGGCAGCGGCGGUGGCGUUGGAGGAGUCGGCGCCGUUGGAAGCGGAGGCGGUGGCGGCGGACGCGGCCUGUCCCGAUCCAACUCGACACAGGCCAAUCAGGCCCAGAUGCUGCACAACGGCGGCGGUGGAUCCGGCGGCAACGUCGGCAACUCUGGCGGCGUCGGCGACCGGUUAUCGGAUCGGGGUGGAGGAGGCAUCGGCGGCAACGACAGCGGCAGUUGCUCCGACUCGGGCACCUUCCUUAAGCCGGACCCCGUAUCCGGGGCGUACACUGCGCAGGAGUACUACGAAUACGAUGAGAUCCUAAAAUUGCGGCAAAACGCACUCAAGAAGGAGGACGCCGACCUCCAGCUCGAAAUGGAGAAGCUCGAGCGAGAGCGCAACCUGCACAUCCGCGAGCUGAAGCGGAUACUCAACGAGGAUCAGUCCCGCUUCAACAAUCAUCCCGUGCUGAACGACCGCUAUCUCCUGCUGAUGCUCCUGGGCAAGGGCGGGUUCUCAGAGGUGCACAAGGCCUUCGACCUCAAGGAGCAACGCUAUGUCGCAUGUAAGGUGCACCAAUUAAACAAGGAUUGGAAGGAGGAUAAGAAAGCUAAUUAUAUCAAACACGCCUUGCGGGAGUACAAUAUACACAAGGCUCUGGAUCACCCGCGGGUCGUCAAGCUCUACGACGUCUUUGAGAUCGACGCGAAUUCGUUUUGUACGGUCCUCGAGUACUGCGACGGCCACGAUCUGGACUUCUAUCUAAAGCAACAUAAGACUAUACCCGAGCGUGAGGCGCGCUCGAUAAUAAUGCAGGUUGUGUCUGCCCUUAAGUAUCUAAAUGAGAUUAAGCCGCCGGUUAUCCACUACGACCUGAAGCCCGGCAACAUACUGCUGACCGAAGGCAACGUCUGUGGCGAGAUCAAAAUCACCGACUUCGGUUUGUCCAAGGUAAUGGACGACGAGAACUACAAUCCCGACCACGGCAUGGAUCUGACCUCCCAGGGCGCGGGCACCUACUGGUACCUGCCACCCGAGUGCUUUGUGGUGGGCAAGAAUCCGCCGAAGAUAUCCUCGAAGGUGGACGUGUGGAGCGUGGGCGUGAUCUUCUAUCAGUGCCUCUACGGUAAGAAGCCGUUCGGGCACAAUCAGUCGCAAGCGACCAUCCUCGAGGAGAACACGAUCCUGAAGGCCACCGAGGUGCAGUUCUCCAACAAGCCGACCGUCUCCAACGAGGCCAAGAGCUUCAUCCGCGGCUGCUUGGCUUACCGAAAGGAGGACCGCAUGGACGUGUUCGCCCUGGCCCGGCACGAGUACAUCCAGCCGCCGAUACCGAAGCACGGAAGGGGCUCGCUCAACCAGCAGCAGCAAGCGCAGCAGCAACAGCAACAGCAGCAACAACAGCAGCAGCAGUCGUCGACGUCGCAGGCCAACUCCGCCGGCCAGACAUCGUUCUCUGCCCACAUGUUUGGCAAUAUGAACCAAUCUAGUUCAUCCUAG